AUGGAUGAGAAACUGUUCACAACUAAUACCGCCAACUCUGAAACAAGUAAAUGUCAAGCAGAAACCAAAACCAUCAGUGGAAGAAGCAUCACUCUGAUCGACACUCCUGGUUUCUUCAACACAGAUAAAUCAGAGGAGGAGCUGAAGCCUGAGAUAAUAAGGUGUAUCAUAGAGUGCACUCCUGGGCCCCAUGCUUUUCUCAUUGUGCUCGAAGUAGAUCGAUUCACAGAGCAAGAACAGGCUGUCAUCACAAAAAUAAACCAAUACUUUUCUGAAGAAAUCUUCAAAUACGCAACUGUUCUCUUCACUCAUGGUGACCAGCUCGAUGAAGGACAGACAGUUAAGGAUUUAGUCCAGCAGAAUCAGCUUGCGAGUGAUCUGUUGAAGAAGUGCGGAGGCCGCUGCCAUGUCAUCGAUAAUAAAUACUGGAAGAACAAACAGCAGGAUGAAUACAGGAGCAACCAGGUCCAGGUGAAGGAGCUACUGAAGACAAUAGAUAAGAUAAUAGAAUCAAACGAAGGAAGCAGUGACUCUGCUGCCUUGAAGAAAUUCACAAAGCACCAACGGGAAGUGAUCAAAGCUGAAGAAGUCUUCAAAUACGCAACAGUUCUCUUCACUUAUGGUGAUCAACUUGAUGAAGGCCAAAGUUUCCUCCCUUUCGGAGGCUUGGAUGUUAUAAUCAAGGCCUGCAACAAGGAUCAUAUGCAACACUCACUCUAUUGUUCAGGUACGGCAGAUGUCGAUAAACUGGUAUAG